AUGAGUGACAAGAAAUCCAGACAUGUUAUCUAUAAGAAAACAUCCCGUGAUAAAGCGGUAUGGCUCUUACAGUAAAUAUGAACACGUGGCAAUUUAUAAAAGAAAAACUAUAUCUACCAGUUUGAUGUAGAUGAACAGGACAAGCUGUAUCCAUAUUUUAUACAUACUGAUUUGAGCAUGCUGUAUGUCGUAUAUUAGUUGGAUUCCAUCUAUGGUUUUCUUGCAAUGCCAAGAAAGAUACCACCUAGGAAGAGGUCAUAACAUAGAUCUUGGCUGCUUCUAUGACUCCUGUAGAUGAAACAUACCACUUCCUAUUUAAUGUUCUCUUCGAAAUUCUACUUUGGCAGAAAAUCACAGUUGUUCACCAAUUAAUAAAAUAUCAGGAAUUCACAUAGGGAUUGCAAAUGGAGGCCAAAAUAGCCAAGUUGAAAUUCUUUUGAGAAUUAAAGUAUUUUGUCCUACAAUUUGCAGUUCCUGACAUAUUUCUAACAACUGAUGGAUUGAUAAAUAACCUGGAAUUGUUUUAAACCUUUAGAUUCUGAUUAGGUUUAUGAAGGUUUUUCUUUUUUUGGUUGAACAUUUUUUCUACAUUUAAUGUAAAUGCAUUUCAGAUCUACUUCUGGAUAUAUGUAAUCUCUUCUGCACCAGUCUUAAUUCCAUCCGCAUUAUACACAUCACUUUUGUUCUUCUUUGUCUACACAGGUGAGUGUAUACCUGGGUAAACGAGAUUAUAUCGAUCACGUUGAAUCAGUGGAGCCAGUAGGUGAGUACCAAGUAAUGGGCAAAUAAUUUUUAUGAUAGUGCCAUCACCAUAAACGAGAGGGAGCGCUAAAAGUAACUUGCACCCAUACUAUAAGCUUCUCCAAUUAAAGGGAGGGUCCACAGGACAAGUCUGGCUGAUCUUUGGAAAUCCCUCCUAGCCAGUAUGGUAAAGUGACAGAGUAUGAUUGCCUAAUUUGUCUUAUGGUAGUGUAGGCCCGACUUGGGGCCCUCUGUGAAUUAACCUGCUUCCCCAGGAUGCCAAACAAGCAUAGCUUCACCAUAAAAGGAAAACCAGGUACUUAAGGUACAUGCACUAUACGAGUGAUAUUUAAUUUGAUGGGCAUGUCGUAUAUACAUAUACAUAUACAUUAUGCAGUAUAGUGUCAAUCAGUGCUAAAUGUCACAGGAAUAAAGAUUAUUUAUAAGCCAAUGAAACCUCCUAAUACAUAGCCUUAUAUAAUAAUAUACAAUAAUAUUGAUGCCAAACAAAAGCCUUAUAUUUAGCUUCUUAGAAAUGAUAGCAUACAUUUUAUAUUUUUGGUAAACUUUUAAAAUGAUUUAAUAUUACAUAUUAAAUCAUUUUAAAAGUGUAGUAUAUAUAUAAGUUUAGAAUAUAUAUUGUCCAAAUAUCUCAAGGCAUAUAUUUGCAUUGUACAGUUUCAUAAUGAUAUAAGUUUAAAAUUUAGGCUUAAAAAGACACAAGCCCAGCACGUUUAGCCUGUCACAUAUCUUUUUAUCCUAGUGAUACAGUUGGGAUUAUAUUUCUUGCUAAAUUCCAAUAAGAACCACAUGUCAUACCGUAAAUGAAACAUUUAUCUUCUAACAUGUAGAAGUACGAAACAGAUUUUAAAUAUGUUGCGUUACACUUCUUUCCUUUAAUGUUCAUCUUUUUAAAAAUGUAUGUUAUUUUUCAUAGAUGGUGUUGUUCUAGUGGAUCCUGACCUUCUCAAGGGAAAAAAAGGUACAUGUUGUAAAAAUAUUAAAAAGCAAAAAAACAAACUAAAUUAAAAUUAUGCAUACAGUCAAAUUGAUGUUUUGCCUUAUUUACCAUUAUGUUAACCCUGGCAUAUGGGGUCAUUAUAUGAUCAAGUGAUACACAUUCAGGUCUCAAUUUGAUAAGCUUUCAAAAUAAUUCAAUACUGUUAGAAACGUUCCAAAUGAUUUGUGUACUAUAUUCUAAUAGAUUUUAAUGGUGACUUCUGUAGAGAAAUCAUUUGGAAAGUUAUUCGAACAGUAUUGAAUCACGUGGAAAGCUUAUUAAAUUAGGUCCUUAAUUGGAUAACACCAUGUUUAAUAUAUAGCUUUUAUAUUGUGAUGGUGUAUUAUGUCAAAACAAUAUUUACUUUGCUUGUAGUCACUGAAUUUGCAAAACCUAAACUACACAAUUUUGCAUGUUCUGCUUAUUAAACCUUUUUAUUAUGUAUAUAUUUUCAGUGUAUGUCACUGUGACCUGCGCAUUUCGCUAUGGUCAAGAAGAUAUUGAUGUCAUUGGGCUGACCUUUCGCAAAGACCUCUACUUUGCUCGAACUCAGGUUUAUCCACCAAUAGAAGACCCCAAAACUAUCACCAAGGUCCAGGAGCGGCUAAUGAAGAAGCUGGGGAACAAUGCCUAUCCCUUCUUGAUGCAGGUAAUGUCUAAUUUCACGAGGGGUAUACUUACGGAAAAAAAACUUACAUUAACAAGCUGUAAGUGUUCUACAAUAAUGCACAGUGUCUAUUAAACCACCGAGCUCCACAGUUUUACAACUAACAGCGAUAUACCGUUUGCACCAGUAUGGUUUCUAUUAAUUUCAAAAUAUAGUCAUACAGACUACAAACACAUUUGGUGUACAUUAGAAUUUAUGAAAUACUGCAAGGAUACCAAUAUUAAGGAAACCGUAAAACUUUUUACUAAUAAAAUCAUAAAGAUUUAAUUACUUAUACAUUAUACCCCCAUCGCUGACUCUGUUCUACAAAAUAGACCUCACCUAGCUUCCCUUACUGUGCAAUGCAUAGAAUAGAAUGUUGGUAGUGGUGGUUUCAUAGUCAACUACUAAAAUAUUAAGAAUUAAAAUAUUUAUUAGACACAUUCACCAUAUUCGCUUCCUCCUUCCUUCACAAUAGAUAAUUUGGGAACUCCGUUCCUCCUGCAAAUAUUGAAGGGGAACUGAGUUUUUCGUGAGUUUCCACUGCUCUAACAGCUCUGACAGAGCUCCAUAACAGUACACCCCUUAGUGGACUUUUUCUCUAAAUAACGGUGAUCAAGUAGUUUCCAUAGUCUUGGUAAUGGUACAUCAUCACCAACCUCUGAUAUUCUAAAUAAUAAAAGUCCUUGUUUGGCCAAUUGGCCAUCAUAUCAUAUUCCCUGCUAUUGAGCUGCAACAUUUAAUUUAAAAUAAUUUUUUUUACUGCCUUUGAAUAUACCUCUCUUAUGCACUGUAUGUCUUUUUCAGUUCCCUGAUUAUCUUCCAUGUUCGGUGUCUCUCCAGCCAGCUCCCACUGAUGUGGGAAAGGUGAGAUUUAUCUUUUCACUUGUUUUUGUUUUUUUCUCUACACCUUGAAAUCAAGUAGGGUUAUAAAAUUCUUAAACACUUUUUGCUGUAAUAGUGCCUAUUGUAUGCUCCACGUUGUACAGAAAUUGCAUACAAUAAGGGGUAGGCAAACUUUGGGACUCCAGAUGUUGUGGACCAAAUCUCUAUUAAUGCUCUUACAGCUGUAAUGCUGGCAAAGUAGAUGUAGUCCACAUUAUCUGGAGUGCCGAAGGUUGUUUACCCCUGCAUAGACCUUUGGCUUGACGAUUUAGAUGUUGGCUCAUCCUUGCUCAUUCCAUGGAAAUUUAAACAAUGGGAGUCAGACUCUGGAUAACAUCUUUGUUAGACUUCAUUCUCUCUCAUUCUAUCCACAUUUCAAGUAGAACCUUCACUGAUAAUUGAUAAAAUAACCCAUCAUGCACAGCCAGUCCUGCAUUGGUUUAAGAAUGACACUGAAUGUGAUAAUUGGGCAAGUGCCUGUUGUAGCCUUUGGAUAAUCACAAUGGAAAUUCUAAAGCCGAUUACAGGCUGGCAUGCUUUAAGUGUGGCUAUGGAAAGUACAGAAGCCAUUUGCCUGACUUAAUACUGUUCAAUUGCAUUUAUCUGUUUCUCCCAGGCCUGCGGUGUGGAUUUUGAAAUCAAAGCUUUUUCUGCAACCAACUUGGAAGAAAGAAUUCGCAAAAAGUGAGGACAUAAAAGCAACACACUAAAUAAGUAAUGCCUUCAAUGUCCUUUUAAGUUACAGGCUGCAAUACAUUCUCAUUUAAAGUGGUAACACUCUUUCUUAAAAGGAAAUUCCAUUUCCAAAUACAAAUAUAAAUAAGUUAAAAUAAUAAAAUACAUCACUAUUUAGUAGAUAUACCUCCAAUGAAAACAUGCAUGCAUUAAAUUGUGUAUUUUUACAUUGAGGGUAUAUGUAAAACAGCUAGCAAUAGCUGCAGAUCUCUUGUUUGCAGCCUUUACAAUCCCUAACCUUCUUCCCCAACCCAGACUUUCUGUGGUUCAAUCACAGACUUCCCAAUGCAACUUAUUGAGAAGUCUUUGCAAGGCAGGUGCUCUGGGCAAUUUCAGCCUCUUGAAUUUAGCUCCACUGAGCUAAACAACCAGGAAGCAUUAGGAACAGUUGUCUGACAGCCAUAGGGUAUAACAAGGUUAGCUUAUAAAAGUGCCAAUUUCUGUGGAAAUCUGCACUUUGUGUAAAAUGAAAAAGAGGACACACUCCUCACUUAUAAAACAUUUCAGCAAGCUAAAGUGCUUGGGGUGUUCCUUUAACAUUUUUUUUUACAGGGUCCCAACUUCUAAGCAAGCCAUGAGCAUCACUUAUAAAUUUAAUAAUAAUAUUAAUAAUAAUGUCAAUACAUUACAUUGGGUCUCCUUUACUUCUACAUGCAAAUUUGCCCAGUGAGGGAAGAUUAUCGAACCGGGACCCAAUUCUGCAUCCUGAGAUUAGUUCAUUCAUUAAUUAAAAAUGUAAAUUAAUUAAUAUAUGAAAGUGCAUUCUUUUGCAUACAAACAUGUAAGUACGUGGUUGCUUACCUUGAUAGAGUGGGGGUACAUUUAUUGGUUUUCAAAUGAAUAUGGAAAGAAUUUGUAGGAGAGUUAUGACAAAUGAGCAAAUUACAGAUCUAAUAAUUAAUGAUCCAGGCACACAUUAUAGAUUCAUGCACUGAACAAAGCUUGUCUAGGUCCUUAGAUUCCCUCAGAUAUAUAUUUUUGUAUUUCCAGAAAUUCUGUCCGUCUGUUGAUCCGCAAGAUCCAAUAUGCUCCUGACCAGCCAGGUCCCAGCCCCAGAGCAGAGACAUCUUGGCAAUUCUUUAUGUCUGACAAGCCUCUUCACCUGACUGCAAGUCUGACUAAGGAGGUGAGAGAGUCUCUAAAGUAGUGAUGGUCGUGAAUGACUUGCAGUUCAUUCAUAAUUGCACACUAAUGCAUUGGUCCUGUUUCAGGUGUUCUACCAUGGAGAACCUAUAUCAGUGGCUGUCACGGUGACCAACAACUCUGACAAGACAGUCAAGAAAAUAGCUGCAUCAGGUACUAUAUGAUGUGUACAAGUGUCAUUGUUCUAUCAUCUACAUGCAAACAGAAAUAUUAUAAAAAAGAAAUGAAAUGAAUAGGUUUUAAGAGAAAUACUAAACUUGUAUUGGCUAAAAAGGAGUCUUCAGAGUUUGCAGGCUUCUGGCAUAAUGUUCUAGAAUUCAAAACGGUAUUUAGCCUUCUACCUUCCACAAUGAAAAGGUGAGCAACACUGACACAGAGAAUUCAUGUGCAGAACAAUGUGCUAUAAAUUCUCAGUGUACCAGUCUCUGCGAUUAUCCUACCGUGAGAAUAUACGGGGUCAAAAUCUUUACAUAGACCUAAAGAAAAGCAUUGUACAUAAAGCUGGAGAAACAAAUUGAUUUUAAUAUGGUUACAUUGUCUCUCAUACUUGACAUCACAAGGCUCGAUGGAGAAUUGUCAUCCAUCAGGAAUUUAUUACGUUAUUCAAUUACUUAUUAUAUGAAACAUGGGGGGGUGGUUGCACUCACCUGAACAUGCUUAAAUGGGGUGCUGCUGGGGGCCAUAUUAUACAAUAAACAAUACACAAGAUUCAGCGCACUCUCCUAUCUACUAAACAGCAACUUCAAUGUUUGCAGAUUUUAUUAGUUUUUAAAAAAAGUUUUUUCUAAAGGUUUUUUUAAAAAAAAAACACCUAAUCUAGGCAAAACGUAAUGGGGGUUUAGUUACAUGAUAUGAUCAUACAUUGCAUAAGCCUGCCACAACGUCAAUGUUCGCCACCCAAAGAUGGAUCUUGUGUAUUGUCAAUUACUUAUUAUUGCCCCUGAUCCAAGGGAUUGUCCUGCUAGAUAGGUUGAAACUCUUAUAAAGCCUGCCUGGAGAUGGAUGUGUUUGGCUUGUCAGAGACAAUGUCUUUCUUAGGGAUUUUUGGAACUGAUUAUUAUUUAACGGAUGAGAUUUAAGGAUGUAACCACAGUUAUUAGUACAAAUUAAGAAGACCGCACAUUUGUAGCAAUUAUUUUCUUUUGAAGUCUGUAACACUCAUUAAGACGUGUUUCUCUCUUCCGUACAGUGGAACAAGUUAGCAAUGUGGUGCUGUAUUCCAGUGAUUAUUACGUCAAGACUGUAGCUUUGGAUGAAUCAGAGUGA